CCAGAAACAGAAUGUCGUUUGAAUACUUUAACAUCAGGGAUCCCGCGUGGCUUGCUACUCGCUUUCAAACGGGAGAAGAAGAUUACGUUCUGGUGAAACCAAAAGACUACUCAAAAGUUCCGAUCAAAAUAACCGACUGGAGUCCAUUGCCAUGCUGUACGACGAACUUGUUCAAGCGAUACGAACAUGAUCUGUUGAAUUUUGACGUGAAACCAGAUGACAUUUGGAUUGCAUCCUACCCUAAAAGUGGAACUACGUGGGUUCAGGAAAUGGUCUGGUUAAUCUGCAACGAUCUGGAUUACAACACGGCCCGUACGACUGUCAUCCGUGAUAGAUCACCCUUUUUGGAAGUCAGCACAAUUUUCAACAUCGGUGAAGAAUCCAGUUCUUUCGCGUACACAACCGAAACACCGAGUCCUCGGUUCAUCAAAACACAUUUGCCAGUGGCGCUGCUACCGCCAAAAAUUUGGAGCGUGAAACCUAAAAUCGUUCACAUCCAUCGGAAUCCAAAGUCAGUCGCCGUCUCCUACUAUCAUCACUCGAAGGAUUACAGAGGAACGAAGGAAGCUUUUGUCCGAUCUUUUAUGAAAGAUUUACAACUUUACUCACCCUUCCACCGACACGUUAUCGAGUAUCAUCAACUAGAAGACUAUCCGAACAUUCUGAAUCUCAGCUUCGAGGAUAUGAAACGAGACUUGAAGUCGUCGGUGCUGAAAACUUGUACGUUUUUCGGCCGGAACUACACGAACUCACAGAUCGAUGAACUUUGCCGACAUUUAUCGUUCGAGUCCAUGACUAAAAAUUUGGCCGUAAACUACGAAGAUGUGUUCCCGAACGAUAAGUUCAUUCGCGAAGGAUCCAUUGAUGGCUGGAAGAACGAGCUGAGCCCAGAGCUGAUUGCCGAAAUGGAUCAGUGGACUGAGCGCGUGGUUGAAGAGAAAUAUCGGUAUUUGUUUUCGGUUGCCUGAAUGAUUUGAGAUUAGAAUUAGAAUACACGCAGUUUAUACUUUUGCUUUAUGGA